UACUGCUGCCAGUGCAGUAGGUCUACCGACCUAUACGGUAUAGGCUAUACCUAUACAAUAAUAAGGUGAAAAUAUAAGUACAGCUCGCGAACACGAUUUACGCGACAACGACGUGGCAACGGAGUCAACCCCGAGACUUGUGCCGUGUCUUAUACCUAACACUUGAAGUUUAGUUUAAUCGAAAUUAAUUGCUCAAGUGCAAAAUUAAAUAUAGCACCAAAGUUCCGAACGACCAGACUUACAUAUUUUCUUAUGCGUACAGUGGGCUGUGUCUUCCGCGAUUAUUUGUCGCAACUUCGUGCUUGGCACUUAUUGACGUGCCUCUUUUUUGAUGGUUCGCUUUAUUGACCACGUAUAUGUGAUAUAAAAGGAGCUACUGACUGUUCUUAUUAUUUUGGAUCUAGACAGAUACUUUUUUUUACAAUAAGAAGCCAUGGGUUCCUCUCCGAGCAGACUUGAGGAUUUAUCAAAAAAUACACAUUUGGAGAGGUUCUGCAGUAAGGAUUCGAUACCCCUGGAUGAUCCAUUCUGGGGUAGAUUCCUCUCUUACAACAUGAGACCACCUCUGACUAGAAACGAUCAAAUCGAGCUGGACUCGCGUUUAGAUUUGUGCUGUCAAAAGUUGUUAGUUAAUAAUCAAUCUUCAGGAAAUAUUGGAUCGUUGAUUCAGAUCUCUUUACUCCGGGUUCAUGAUCUUCUCACAAUGUCUGACUCUGAAAAUAUAAUGUCUGCUUGGCAAACGUACAAUGCACUGUUUGCUGUGAGGUGUAUUUUGAAGUAUUUGAUCGAGACUGUGGGAGAGGAAGAAAUGGUUAAGCACGUAGAAGUACAGCUAACUGGUGAAAACAUCAACAGUCUACUACCUGUUCGCUUGCAAUCUUUUUUUGGAGCUCUAGUAAAAGUAAUCGUAGAUGUGCCACUUUGCGAGUUCACUUAUCUCGUUCAUCUUGAAGCUAUUAAUUGCCUAUUGGUGCUGCUAUCGGUACAACUUUUUUCGCAAACUGCAGCAGAAUACAGUACAGUUUAUCGAAUCGUGAUGGACGAAGAAUUAAGUGGGCAUGCUCCGGUAAUGGUUUGUACAUUGUUGAAUAAUUUUGCUGAACAAGCCCAUGCUCCACCAGGCCUUUUAACUCCUCAGCCAGGCUCCAGUAUUGUUCUUAGUAUUGCAGCGGGGCUGUGGAAUGUGAUUACUAUGGGUAUGGGGAAUAGUUCAAAAAAUGUUCAAGUUGCACACGGUGGAAUUGUGGAAGAUGUAGAAAAAAAAAGAGAUACAGAAACACCAUUAGCUAGUCAAUCAUUAUUACUUUUGUUAGUUCUCACAAAUCAUUGGACAGCAUCGUCAAAUCCUUAUAGGGAUGCACUUUUUGAAUUUUCAAACGUUAAAGAUGACUGUGAGAUGUUCUGUAAAGCACAAUGCUCAUUUAAAUUUAACGUCGAUAAAUUGUACAAUACGAUUUGUAAAGUACCAAACUCUGAUGAGGUAACUCUUUUAUUAUACAUGUUACUUCACAGAAAUCCUAACGUAAAGCAACACAUAAUGCAAAGGCCUGAUGUACAACUAUUAGUGAUUCCUAUUUUGAGAAUACUCUAUCAUGCUCCAGAAAACACUUCGCAUCAUAUUUACAUGUCUUUGAUUAUUCUUUUGAUUUUGAGCGAAGAUGAGACGUUCAAUAAAAUGGUUCAUGAUGCGAUGUUGAAAGGAAUCACGUGGUACACUGAAAGAUCUAUAAGCGAAAUUUCCUUGGGUGGUUUGUUGAUUCUUGUUGUGAUCAGAACUAUACAAUAUAAUAUGUUAAAAAUGAGGGACCGAUAUCUGCAUACGAAUUGCUUGGCUGCUUUGGCAAACAUGUCGAGCCAGUUUAGGGCAUUGCAUCCUUACGUUAGCCAACGUUUGAUAAGCUUAUUUGAGACGUUAGCAAAAAAACACGCUAAACUUGAAGCUACGAUCAGAACCCAGUCUUCCACGUCAACAUCCACUACAGUAAAUGUUGCUGUUAAUGGUAGUGUGGCAAACAGCGAUCUGGAUUUGACAGUAUUGGAGGAAGUUUUACGGAUGGUUUUAGAAAUCAUAAACAGUACUUUAACACAUCAGUUGGCCUACAAUCCUAAUUUAAUUUAUACUCUACUCUACAAGAAAGACAUAUUCCAACAGUUUAGGACGCAUACAGCGUUUCAAGAUAUAGUACAAAACAUCGAUUCGGUAAUUACUUUUUUCUCGGAAAUGCUUGAGCAGAAAGAACAUUCUCAACUUGGUGUUAGUCAAGUACUAGCAACAAUACAGCAAGGUACAAGUCAGUGGCAGAAAGAUCGUUUGAGGAUAUUCCCAGAGCUCAAAUUCAAGUACGUUGAGGAAGAACAGCCCGAGGAAUUCUUUAUUCCAUACGUCUGGAGCAUUGUAUGUCAGAGUGCAUUGCUUCACUGGAAUGCAGAAAAUAUAAAGCUAUUCCUACCGAGUCAAAGCGAGCAAACGACAAUUGUAGUUUGCUGAUACGAAAAUUAAUUACAGAUCGUUAAAUUUGUUAAACGCUAAAACGUUUGCGGUAUUCACUUAAUCACGACUGAAGUUUAUUAUUUAAUUAAAUUGUACAUUUUUUUAUCUAAUCAAACGAAUAUAUUACAUAUAAAAUUGAAAAGCAUGAACAAAUUUCAUACUUAAAAAACCAACAUGCAAACUGAUAAAAUUCUAUAAACUCAAGUGAAAGAAAGACUUUAUUAUCAACUCCUAUUUAUCAGAAGCUUAUGAUAACUUAUUACUUAGGUUUGGCCGACAAAGUAAAAAUACUUACCUUUUGUAAGCGCAAAAUUUUAUCAAACGCGAGUAUUUACCGUGGAAUCAUAAAUAACGUAAAUUGGUGAAUGAUUAUUUGCUUAUUUAUUUUUAUCAGUAGAAAAAUUGUAAAUAAUUUUCUAACUAUAAGCUGUGCUAAAACAUACCAUGUUACAGACUUUAUGUUAUUUAAUGUAAGAGUAAUUCACGAUUACACCGCGUCUGUACAUAAUUACAGCUGUUUUGAGAAUAAGUAUUAUAUAAUAAAUUUA